GAUACAAAUAUGGCAGAAUAAUGCAAAAGUUGAUUUUUUUACAAGUUUCUGCACAAAUACUGCGCUAUUUCCACCUCUAAUGAAUAAUCCAGUAAUCUAUGUUUAAAGAGAGCUUCUCCAGAAGAAGUUUAAAACACGAAAAUGGCAGGUGUAUCUUACAGCGACAAACAAGACGAAUAUGAAGAGCUUCCCUCUGAUAAGCCUGCCUAUAUUCUGGCAGUGGAUGUGGGGACGACAUCCAUGCGGAGUUACAUCUAUGACAGGGAGGCUCAUAUUGUGGGCCAAUAUUUUAAAAAGGUACAUUUAAAUUAUCCUCAGCCAGGCCACGUUGAGAUGGAUCCCAAGGUCCUGUGGAAAGAUUUUUGUGAGCUGAUGAAAGGGGCUAUUAGAGAUGCGGGCAUAUCUAGUAGUCAGGUGACUUGUAUGGGCCUGACGUCACAGAGAAACACGUUCAUCUGCUGGGACAGAGAGACGGGGAAACCCUUUCACAACCUCAUCACUUGGCAAGAUCUGCGUGCAAGUGAAUAUGUCCAGUCUUGGAACAAUUCAAUCACUCUAAAGGGCUUCCAUGGCGGGUCUAAAUUCCUCCACUUCUUCACAAGACAACGUCGUUUCUUUUCCGCGAGUAUACUCAAGUUCACAAUACAACAGGUCACCAUGAGAUUACUGUGGAUGUUAGACCAUGACAUAAAUUUACGUCGGAGGUCAGCGGAAGGUCAGGUAAUGUUUGGAACCAUGGAUACCUGGUUACUAUGGAAAAUGACUGGCGGUGAGAUACACGUGACAGAUGCCAGUUUCGCUAGUGGGACAGGAAUGUUCGAUCCUUUUAUCAUGGAUUGGAGUUCGAUUCUAUGCAACCUUGUUGGUAUUCCAAUGUCGAUUCUUCCACCGGUGAAAGACACAAGUGGGUUCUUCUGUAACAUAGCGCCCGAGAUCUUGGGAGCUUCCAUUCCUAUAACUGCUGUGGUUGGCGACCAACAGGCUGCCAUGUUUGGUCAAUGCUGUUUCGAAGUCGGUGACGUGAAAUGUACCAUGGGUAGUGGGACAUUCCUCGACCUGAACACUGGUGAUAAGCCACACACUUCCAUAGCAGGUCUAUACCCUCUGGUUGGCUGGAAGAUCGGACCGGAGGUCGUUUACCUGGCAGAGGGGUCGGCCAAUGAUACUGCAACUGUGAUAGAUUGGGCCAAGAAGAUGGGGCUGUACGAGGAUGUGAAGGAGACAUCAGACAUUGCAGAAUCUGUCGAAGAUUCUGGAGGAGUCUACUUCGUUGCUGCCUUCGACGGACUCCAAGCUCCAAUCAACGACGAGACAGCCUGCACUUCCAUAUUUGGCAUCAACCCGAAAACACGUAAACCUCACAUCCUCCGCGCCAUUUUAGAAUCUGUCGCCUUCCGUUUCAAACUUUUAUACGAAGCUGCGUUGAUGGAGACAAAUCUGAAACUCUCUUAUAUCAGGGCUGAUGGCGGCGUAUGCAACAAUGACUUCAUUCUUCAACUGAUUGCUGACUUGAUUUCUCAGCCAGUUGACCGUCCACAAAACGUUGACAUGUCCAGUCUCGGUGCUGCAUUCUUGGCUGGUUUGGCCACAAAAGUUUGGAAAAACAAAGAAGAACUUAAGCGUGUUAGGAAGACGGGCACGUGCUUCGAACCUCGUGAAAACUGGGAUAAAUAUCGUCCGACCAUCCAGCAGUGGGAGCGCGCUAUCAAACGCUCGAUGCACUGGUAUAAGUUCGCCGAUCCGAUCGAGAAGGAGAACCGGAUGAAGCGCCCUCUGGAGACAAUGAACACCAUGACAGGAUUUGGAGAUUAACGUCUGAUCAUUUCUAUCAGAAAUACUUACUGUAAACUGGGGAAAGAUCGAACCGGUUUAUUUUUUAGAUUUUCGUGAUUUCGUGAACACAAAUCUUGUGAAAAUAUCAACUCAAAUGCAUCGAACCAUAAAAUUUCGGCAGCAAACACAGAAAUUAGUCCGCGCCAAUUGAAAAUAUAUCAUUGUCAUAUUUGGCACAUUAUCGAUGAGUAAAAGUGCCUUUACUAAAAACAGAAAAGCGCACAUCCGGGCAUUUUUAUCAAAGAAUAUAUAUAUGUGACGUGUCUCAGGAAAACAAAACGCACGUCACACAGAAGAUGAGCCUAAAUGACACUAUGAGAUAUUGGAAGAAAUUGAAGUGCUUAAAUUUUGCAAAAGGUCGACAACAGUGAUAUGAACCAAAAGGAAUCUCUAAGAGGAAGUAAAUAUACUGAAUUAUAACUAUCCAUGCACAAAAUCCCAGUGGACUGUUUAACGCCGUUGGGCAGUGCGACUUUGCCUUGUAUUCAAUACAAUGGAACCUCCCUUAGCGGACACCGCUCUAUCAAGGUCACCCUCUCCAUUAAGGACACCUCAAUUAAGGAAUCUUCUUUGUUGUAUCCAUUCAAUUUUACCUCCCUAAUCGGAAAACCUUCCUAUUAAGGACAGCACUUGGGAGUGGAAUUUUAAACCAAAAAUAAAUCUUUUUAGUGGGGUAGCUCUAUGAGAUUUAGGGAGCAUUGAUUCAUCCUUACACGUCAGUGUCCUAUGAAUAAGCAUUAACCCCUUGCCUCCCUAGAGGGGAUGAUAUAUCGUCCCUAUAUUUUGUCUCGCGUAUACCUUGUAGGAACGAUAUAUCGUCCCCAUACUAAUGCAUUAGUAUAGAACAUGCGGUACACGUUGGACACUAUUGUACGGUGUAUUCGUGUCCCUGGUGAUCUGCAGAAGACUAGAUUUAGUUUCAUUAAUAGUUAGCAGAGGGCGCUAAAGUUUGAUUGGCGCUUGUGCAGCGUCACAGUACACAAACUGAUUAGUAUAUGAAUUAAUAUUGUCUUGUAUUAUUCGAUCAAUCAGUAAUCGACAAUAGCCAAAGGUUAUAAAUCAAGUCACGUUGAUCAUUUACGGGUUGUAACUGCAUCAAUUACAGUUCAAUAUACUUGUUCAAAUCAAAAAAAUCAAUCCGAAAAUAUUGAUUUAUAUUGAUUAUUGAUUACCUCAUAACCCAUUGAUACCCAGAAACGACGCCAAUUGAUAGCAAAGGUAAUCAGCUUCACAAAAAUGUAUGGUUUUAUUCAUCAGGGAUGCAUAAUGAAAGAGCUACAAUAUUUUAAAGUAUUUUCACGUUAUUUUGCAUAAAACUGGUAAAAAAUCUCAGUACAUAGCGUUACAUUGGUCACAGGAGCCAAAGGGUUAAGUAUGGUACCUUAAAUUUUCUUGUAAAUCUACCACUUAUUCAAAUCAUAUCAUUAUCAUACCAUAAUCUUGUAUUCUAGGAUAUUUGAAUAUCAUUUAUUAUUUUCAUGUAGUCUUAGAUCUUAUCAAGUCACAAAGAAACCUCCCAAAGGGAGACACCUCUGUUUAUAAGCAUCACCCUUUCUCUAAUGGACGCUGAUUUUCGUCCCAUUUUGAUCAUUUUCAUUUGACCUGUAUAGUAAGGACACCGCUCCAUUAAGGACAGCAUUUGUUAGUGCAAGUUUGUUCUUAAUAGAGAUGUUCUACUGUUGUGUAUACUAUUGCAGCAGGAUUCUUGCUGUGCAUCUAUGACAGAGCAGUGAGUUGUGACAGAUUUUGUGCCAUUUUAUAGUUCCAAGAAAUCCCACAUCUUGUGGUGGCAGCACUGUUACUUUUAUAUAGAGGUGGGCUGCAGCCUCCACAAUAGACAGCUUGCGAAAAUAAAUUUCGGCCAUUUUGAAAAGGCAGCGUAAGUUUACCAUAACAUAACAGUCAUGUUUUAAAUCAAGUCAUCACCAAAAGCAUUCGAACUAUCAUGAACAUUGGAAGACAUGGACAGCUUUAAGUAAAAUUACUUGAAUAAGCUUGUAUAUUUGUACGUUUAUUCCAUGGCAAACAUACAUUGCCUGUGAGAAGGGUCUUUUCAAACUGGCCGAACUUGAUUUUCGCAGGCUGUCUAUUUUUGGAUUGAGUUGGACCUGAUAGAUACAAGGGUGGAGUAGGUAGACCACCAGACCAUUUCACUUGAUGGUUCACCUCUUAGGAGGAACCGGGGUGUAGAAAUAUCAUCAACUAUAUUUUUGAUAUAUUUUAGUGUAGGUUAUGUGUGCUUAAGUUGAGAUUUAUGUAGCGUAGCAUACUCGUAGCGUAGCGUAGCUUAAGUUUGGUAUGCUACUGGUAACCGGAAAAACGCCGACCGACCGACUGACCGACCGACCUACCGUCAUAUGCAGUAUCCCUUUCGCUUUUCUAUAGCACAUGUAUCUGUGUAGUGCCCAGCGCAAUGGACGUGAUGGAUUCCGACAUGUCUGACAGCAGCAUCUUCAGUCAAUUAUACCGGGAAAACGAGCCCACGCAGUAAGGAACUGAUAACGAUACUCUAAAGAUAUGCUUUGUCUACAUGGUCGGUGGAUAUAAAAACAUGAUUUGGGCCUAAUCUAUGCACUGUAGUUUUUCUACUCGAGUGUCUCGACCGAUGCAAUGCAUGAACUGCAACGCGCAAUAUGCAUUUGUUGUCAUUUGAACAGCGCACGUGCGCUUGUUUACAAUUUCAUUUCACAUGACCUGCUAUCGUGGAUUGGAUAUAUCACACGAAACUCCUUGGGUUGGUAGGUCGGUCGGUCGGUCGGUCGGUCGGUCGGUCAGUCGGCGUUUUUCCGGUUACCAUGUGGAUGAGUAUAUAGUCUGUUGAUUUCAGAGUAUGUAGCAUGAACUAUUUUGACAUCAAUCAAUAUCUAAAGUCGAUCGCUUUUCAAAAUCACAAAUAUACUAAUUUUUUUGUUGCAGCAAUGUGCAACAAAGAUGUAGCAUGCAUGAUUUUGUUCCACAUGGAUAACAAGUGAUUUUGACCACAGACUAGUCAUGCAACAAAAACCACUUGUCUGCAAGGGGCCUACACCCUAGAUUUAAAGGUAGUUAAGUCUCGAAUUCCAAUGAUACCUUGAACAAUUUAUAGUGCUUUUCUUGCCAGAAUUCGAUCAUUCCCACUUCACAUUUGUACAUGUUCAUGUACACGUUGAUGUACAUUUGUACAUGUUGAUGUACAUUUGUACCUGCUCAUGUACAUUUAUACAUGUAUCUUUAAUACACGUACAUGUACAUUUAAUGCAGGUACAUGUACAUGUACAUGUACUACCCGGUACAUGUAUAUGUACGUAUUCCAAGCUCACUGGUGUUAGUUUGUUAUGUGUCUUGCUGCUGUUGCCAGUUGAUGCCAAUUAUUUAAAUAUAUUCAACCACAGCCUUUAAGUUUGCUUUCAACUGUUUGUGGACUUGUUGAGACCAUUUGGUGGAAAUAAUGUAAAAAUGUUUUUAUUAAUUUGCUUUUAAAAGUGCAAUCAAUGACGAAACAAGAAAGUGUUGAUUGAGAGUCUUUUAAAGGGAUACACUGUUUGUAAUUACUGGUGGUCCAGGUAAAUAAAAAUGCUGUUCUCCACAAUGUAAAAGUGCAGUUGUCAUGGAUACGAAUUUGAUGAAACUUGACAUUUAUUUUAUUUGUAUAUCAGUCUAAAUUGGAAAUAGCUGAGUUCUAUAUUGAAUGCGGGUUGCUACAGACACCUGUAAUGACCAUCGCAAACAAGCAAUUUUUGUUGCAUGUGAUCAUGAUUGCAGGUCAUAGUGAUUUAAGUCACUCUUUCGUGGGGCACUUUUUAAGGUUAGGAUUUGGAGCCAUCCAAUUAGAAUGUGGCCCCUUAUAGUUUAUUCUUUACAGAAGAUCGUAUUUUUGAAUAUUUGGGUAAAAGAUUGUUUGAAACAUGGUAAUUGUAGGAGAAUCAUAUUUUGUAUCCUUACUUUCAGAAAAAAAAUUGCAUUUUCCGAGUUUUUUGUGAUUGUAUAUUUGGGUAAAAGAUUGUUUGAAACGUGGUAAUUGUAGGGUGCUACCUAGGUUUAGGAUCAUAUUUUGAAUCCUUAUUUUCAGGGGAAAAAUUGAAUUUUCUGAGUUAUCGUGAUUGUAUCUUAAAGGGGGAUAAAAGGUAGGAGCAGGUGGUUGAGUUGGGUAUCUUUGAGUGACUCAAAUGCUCAGUAAUGGCUCUGGGUCUUGUUUGAUUCAGCAUUAAAUAUAGUCCCAAUUUUCAUUUUAGGAUUACGAAAUUUCCACCAGUAAAAGAUUGGUGAAAAGUUGGUGGUUAACCGUACAAAUUAUUUAGGGAGUAUAUAUUUUGGUUUUUGGCUUGCAUUUCUUUCAGGUGAAAUGGACACUGAAAUAGUGUAAAUUUAUUGUAAUUAAGAUGAAUAUAUUGUAAUUAAAUAAAGAUUUUACUGCUUUA